UGUUCCGCCAUUCAAUUGUGGUGUGCGUAGCGGCAUCGGCACCAGCAGGCAACAACUCCUCAACUCAAAGUGAAAACGUAGCGAAUUCACCAUCGCCACCCACCGUGUCUCUUGUUAGCCUGAAGUCACUCUCUUGUCUCUUGUGGCCAUGGUCGCUGCGCGUUUUCCUUAAGAUUUCGAUAUCCACGACGACAGUCUCCGGGCUUCGGUGGCCAUUCCAAUCUGUAAUUACAGACUACCGAAAAGUGUAUUUGGUAUUUCCUAGUGCCGGAAGGGCAUAUCUCAAAAGCCCUAACGUGGUUUCUUUAAGACACGGAAGCGUUACAGUAAUUCACAACCUUCCAGAAACCAAGCGUUGAUUGUGGUAUUGAAUGAAACAUUCGCUUUCCACGACGUGUUUUGUGAAAUUCAACAACAACUGUGAAACGCAGAGAAAACGACAAACCAUCCGCGCGAGCAGAGAGGAGGGACGGUGCGAAGAAAACCAGCGACUUUCGCCUUUUGGUGUGACGGAGGCUAAGCUUUCUUGCUUGUUGCGGGCCUUUGUUAUUAUACACAACGCCCGUUCCAUCGUGUAACACACCGGACCAGAGUAUUAUUAUUUCGCUUUCGCUGCACGAAACCUACUCCUAGUCCGUUUAAUCCCGCGCAGGGUUGCUAAUAGGCAGUAUCGCGUUUGUUGUGAAACGGUGUGCAUCCCUGCGAAAGAACACUUCCUCGAAAACACAGUGGUUGCUGCGCAGUGCCAAUAGAGAAACCGCUUAAGUAAACAAUCGCAUCGCAGUGCUCAUCUCUAAGCUCAUCUGUCAACCUGCAUCUCGGUGUGGGACUAAUUUGAUAAACAGCGGCGCAGCAGGCGGCGAUCCGUAUUAGAGCGUGCCAUUUAAUUACAGCGCGAUGUCACUGCGAGCGAUACAGAAGCGGGACAGAGAGAAGCUAUCGUCGUCUCAGCGACAACCGCAGCUUAUCAGCGGCCAACGCACUGGUGUUGGUGGUGCCCCGCUUCUGAUGCCAUACGACGGCACGGCGGCUACUACAACUGCGAGGAUGACAGCUGAGGGCGACACCGAUAUUCACAGCUUUGUUCCUUCGGUUCAAUCGAAUACACAGAAUAAGAAUGCAAAAUGGAAAGGCGCAGCAGUGAGUAAUGCGUUCAUAACCCGUCCAUUACCGUUGGCCAGCGCCAUCAUCCGACGUUGCAGUUCACAUCCGACACUCUUGUCGACAGCACACGGAAGAACUUCGUCACCGUCAUUCGAUCGGACGAAAUGGAAGUUGCGUUCCGUUAAAUCGGAAAGUGAUCUUCAAGCGGCCGGCGAUCGCACAGAGAACACUGUUCCAGGCACAGCAGCACAGAUUCCACAAAGUGGCAGUAGCAGCUUCAGCACCAGCAAUUUUUAUCUCGGUGCAAAAUCGGAAGUGUGCUUGAAAACGCUGGCCGUGAAAAAUACUCUGCCAUACAUGAGCACAAGUUUGAUGAUGCAGCAACCCCAGCAGCAGCAUCAACACCAGCAUCAGAACCAAGGGAAAAUUGGCCAUGGCGCUGGGGACUCUCGAGCAACGAUAACGCCACCAUCGAAACGGCUCUAUGAAAGUCGGCGGACCUCCGAGCUGUCGGCAAGCGAUUUCGGUGCGAACAAAUCGAAUAAUGUCAGAAUCGCGGCGGCGGCGGCGCCUGCUGCAAUUCGCAUUCCCAUUGUCGGCUACGAAGUCAUGGAGGAGAGAGCGCGGUUCACGAUAUUUAAAUUGCGCAUAGAAAACAGCAUAUCGCACAGCUGCUGGUUGGUACUUCGGAGGUACACCGACUUUGUGCGUCUCAACAACAAACUGAAGAGUGCCUUCCCACACUGCAAUCUCGUGCUGCCCCGUAAAAAAUGGUUUGGCGACAACUUCAGCACCGGUUUCAUCGACAACCGGAUACAGGGACUGCAAGCGUUCAUCAAUAUCAUUCUCGGAGAUGAUGCCAUGCGCACCUGUCAAGCGGUUCGGGACUUUUUCUGUCUCGACGAACCGCCACCCUCGUACUCGGAGAGCAUGGAAGAAUCCAGGGUCGUCUUCGAGGCACAGGAAGAACGAAUCUCAGAGCUCAGGCAGCAGCUGCAAACCAAAGAAGAUCUCAUACAGACACUGCAGAAAAGAUUGGCCACCGAAACCAAUCGCAACACCAUACUGAGCAACGUGCUAAGGAAUACUGCCGAAAAUUGUGCCAAAUGUGCAAAGUGCAUCGAUCAGCAGUUAAAGGAAUCCGUCUACAAAUAGCAACAGGAUCCUAAAGUGGAUGGCAAUCGCCAGAGGAUUUCUAACAGUUUCAUAUGCAUUACCCUGAUAUUAAUAGUAUAAUAUUAAUAAAUAAUGGCACUUUAGUCCUUUUAAAACAUGUCGUCCUUUGUGUAAACGAUUUUCCCGUUGUUUUACUGUACCCGUUUUCAACAUACCGUAAUCAUCAGUGCCAGCGGUCCUUGGUAGAUGAUG